CGUCAGGCAGCCGAACACGACGUAUCGAUAGAUUGUACAUAAUACCGCUCUCGAGCAGCACCUGGCGAACGACGUGACCAUGGUCCUUCUCCUAAGAACCAGGAUCCGCUUACACUUAACCGGGAGUACAACUGGAAAGUGGAGGGCGCGACGGCUGAUCACGCUUUCUUCUGUCGAAGGCCCGUCGCAACCCCCAUUGGAGCGCAGGACUCUCCCAGUUUAUUUUCGGGACGAGAUAUUUGGCAAGCAUGCGGAACGACGGGCACUGAUCUCCCGUCAAGAGCGUCCGAGAACUCAUGGAGGGCCACCGUCUCCAAACACGGGUGUUCACAGUCAUCUUUCAUGGGAUUUUCAGGAAUUCUACCGACACAUCAAUGCGACAGCGAGAGGUCUCAUUUCUCUCGGUGUGAAGAAAGGUGAUCGUGUCGGCGUCAUCAUGGGCAACAACAGUGCAUAUGCUCUGCUGCAGUGGGCAUGUGCUAGCGUCGGUGCCAUCUUAGUCACUCUCAACCCCGCAUACCGUCUACCCGAACUCGUCAAAGCCCUGAACGUCGUUGGGCUGUCUCACUUAUUUAUUGUACCACGCGUUCGAGCGUCACAAUAUUUACGUGGACUGUCCGCCGCAUUUCCAGAUUUACGACACUCGGCCCCAGGUAAUAUUCAGGUGGCCGACUUGCCUUCUUUGCGGAACCUCGUCGUGGUAGACGAUGUGCCUGAUCACAGGGAAUACCUCGAGGAGAUUGGUGACACGAAAUGUGCGAUAGAUUUUCGCGAGAUGUUAGUAUGGCGUGAAGACGGUACCGAGCAACGACGAGUGAAAGAACUUGUCGACUCACAUCAUCCUGACGAAGUGAUCAAUCUACAGUUCACGAGUGGAACGACUGGCAAGCCAAAGGCUGUGUCGUUAACUCACCUGAACCUCUUAAAUAACGGUCUCUCGAACGGCCGAUGCAUGCGCCUCACUGCAGAUGAUAUUCUAUGUAAUGUCCCGCCGUUGUUUCACUGCUUUGGCCUGGUGCUAGGUAACCUGGCUGCAUGGUCUCACGGAGCCUGCAUUGUAUACCCUUCUCCCGUUUUUCAUCCCGAGGCGAUUGUUGAUGCAGUCGUACAAGAACGCUGCACGGCCUUGCACGGCGUACCCACACAUUUUCUCGGUGUAUUGUCGGAAGUACAGACACGGCAACAGACAGGAGAAAAGUUGGAUUUGAGCUGCUUGAGGACUGGCAUUGCUGCUGGUUCACCGGUACCCAUUGACUUGAUGCACCAACUCAUCAAUAAACUGAAUAUGGUUGAUAUCACAAACGCGUAUGGAAUGACUGAGACGAGUCCCGUAUCUUUCCAAACUACACCAGCGGAUCCGGUCAUCAAGCGUGUUGAGACCGUAGGUAAAGUGCAACAUCACGUGAAAGCGAAAGUCGUCAACCGAGAAGGGGAGACUGUUCCCGUUGGGACACCUGGCGAAAUUUGUGUCACGGGUUACUUGCUUCAGAAGGGGUACUGGGAAGAUGAGGAGCAGACGAAGAAGGUGAUGCGUGCAGACCCGAAGGAUCCUUCUACAAUAUGGAUGCAUACUGGUGACGAAGGGAUUAUGGAUGAAGACGGUUAUUUGAAGGUUGUUGGGAGAGUGAAGGACCUUAUCAUUCGUGGUGGAGAGAACUUGUUUCCAGUCCAAAUUGAAAAUGUGCUUGUAGCCCAUCCAUUCAUACGCGAGGCCGCCGCCGUCUCUGUCCCGGACGCCGUAUACGGGGAAGUUGUCGGUGUAUGGAUUGUCCUCGAGCCCGACGCGACAAUGACCAGAGAAGAAGUACGAAAACUUGUGUCAGACGGAAUGAACCCACAGAAUACCCCCGAGUGGGUGUGGUUCAUUGGCGAACCCGGUAUCGCGAAGGAAUUUCCAAAGACAGGCAGUGGAAAAGUGAUGAAGCAUGUCUUGCGUGAGUGGAGCAAGGAGCUCGCUCUGAACAAUGUCGGAAAGGUAGCCAAGUAGUAGCUAUGCGUACAUCAUAAUCAACUCACAAUACACCUGUUUGUUAGUAUAGUCAUGCUAUAAUGUAGCCGUGCGAAUUACUAUAUAUGGC